AAAGAGGCACACAGCUUGAAGACGUUGAAAUGUUUCUCUGUAUGUGCGUCAAUACGUGGGCGGAAAGUUUCGGGACCAAAAAGGAAAAAAAGAGUGUUAAAACAACCCUGUAGGGAGUUUCCAGAGCCUUCCCCACAUGACGCGGUAUGAGUGCAACUCUUUACCCCAUCUCCAGCGUGCCGGCUGCUGCUGCUUUCUUCGGUCCCUUCCCUUCUCUCCCGUAAUCAAAGCCCCUGUUCGCGGCGGUGAAGCGGAAACGAGUUGACCAUGACACCAGGCAAUGGUGGAGGGGAAUCUUCUCAAGAGCAGAAGGUGGAAAAAGAAAGGAAGAGGAGGAGGAGGAGGAGGAAGAAGAAGAAAGAGGCAUGCCAGACACGAAGGGUGUGUUCCAACUUGCUGGCAGCCUGGCCUGAAGGAGAGCACCCCACUCCUUCCCCAGCCAACAACAGGCUUAAGACAACCAAAUACACCACUCUGUCCUUCUUGCCCAAGAACCUGUUUGAGCAGUUCCAUCGCCUGGCCAAUGUUUACUUUGUCUUCAUUGCCCUGCUCAACUUUGUGCCCGCCGUCAAUGCCUUCCAGCCUGAGCUGGCUUUGGCCCCCGUCCUCUUCAUCCUGGCGGUCACCGCUCUCAAGGACUUGUGGGAAGAUUACAGCCGAUACCGUUCAGACCAGGAGAUCAACCACAUGGAGUGUUUGGUCUACUGCAGGACUGAAAGGAAAUACACCACCAGAUACUGGAAAGAAGUGAAAGUUGGAGAUUUCAUUCAGCUACGUUGUAAUGAAAUAAUUCCUGCUGAUAUAUUGCUGCUUUCUUCAAGUGACCCAGAUGGCCUGUGCCACAUAGAAACUGCUAAUCUGGAUGGGGAGACCAACUUGAAACAAAGACAAGUUGUGAGAGGAUUUUUAGAGCUGGACUCUGAAUUUGACCCUUUGAAGUUUACUAGCAUCAUUGAAUGUGAGGAACCAAAUAAUGAUUUAAGUAGGUUUCGAGGCUUCAUUGUGCAUAACAGUGGGAACAAGGUUGCAUUGUAUAAAGAGAAUCUCUUGUUGCGAGGAUGUACGAUUAGAAAUACAGAAGAAGUCUCAGGAAUAGUCAUCUAUGCAGGGCAUGAGACGAAAGCCUUGUUAAAUAACAGCGGGCCACGUUACAAGCGCAGUAAGCUUGAAAGGCAAAUGAAUGUCGAUGUCCUUUGGUGCGUCCUCAUACUUAUUGUGAUGUGUUUGUUUUCAGCUGUUGGUCAUGGAAUCUGGGUCUGGCAAUAUGGUGACAAAAAGAAGCCUGUCUUUGAAGUCCCAGGCCCCAGUGGGAACUAUUGGUCUCCUAGUCAAGCUGCAUUUUAUUUAUUUUUGACAAUGAUUAUAGUUUUUCAGGUUCUCAUUCCCAUUUCUUUGUAUGUCUCCAUUGAAAUUGUUAAAAUAUGCCAAGUAUUUUUUAUUCAUCAAGACAAGGAUUUAUUUGAUGAAGAAACAGAAGUUCAACUACAGUGUCGUGCUCUGAACAUCACUGAAGAUUUAGGGCAGAUUCAGUAUAUACUUUCAGACAAGACUGGGACUCUUACUGAGAAUAAAAUGGUUUUCCGAAGAUGCACUGUUUCUGGCAUAGAAUACUCCCAUGAUGCCAAUGCGAAACGUAUAGCCAUGUACCAGGAAGCCGAUUCUGAAGAUGAUGAAACUGCAGCUAAAGCAGGGACGUUGACCCAGCGGGACAGUAUUAGCAGUCAUCAGAGCGUUAAAGUUGUCCACAGGAACCAGAGCACAAAAUCACAUAGGCGUACAGGGAGCAGAGUGGAAGCCAAAAGAGCAAGCAUUCUCUCAAAGCACACGGCUUUCAGUAGCCCAAUGGAGAAAGAUAUCACGCCAGAUCCUAAUUUGCUACAAAAAGUAAAUGAAUGUGCAAGCUACCUGGAGAUCACAAGGAGCCAUGACCGACCAUUAUCCCAGCUGUCCCCUGAACUCUCAGACAUCUUUGAUUUUUUCAUAGCGUUGACGAUUUGCAAUACAGUGGUAGUUACAUCUCCAAACCAGCCGCGACAGAAGGUUAGACUCAGAUUUGAGCUGAAGUCUCCUGUAAAGACCAUUGAGGACUUCAUUCGGAGACUCACCCCCAGCCGCCUGACCUCUGGCUCUAACAGCAGCAGCUCAUCAAGCCUGGCUGCCAGCAAAUCAACACAGAGAGCUGGUUCCAGUAUGAUUUUGUCAGCGUCCACAGAAAGCACUUUACUAAAACUAGAAGAAACACUAACUAACUCUUCCCAGGUGAAUAACAACGGCUAUAGUUCCCAGCAGCCCAAGACAUCAGGGAAUGGGCCAGGAGAAGGAGAAUUGCGCUAUGAGGCUGAGAGCCCAGAUGAAGCUGCCCUUGUCUAUGCAGCGAGAGCGUAUGACUGUGCUUUGGUUGGUAGGCUGCCUGACCAGGUAUCAAUAGAGCUACCUCACUUGGGGAGAUUAACCUUUGAACUCUUACACAUCCUGGGCUUUGACUCCAUCCGGAAACGGAUGUCUGUGGUGGUCAGGCAUCCUCUUACUGACGAAAUAAAUGUUUACACUAAAGGAGCAGAUUCGGUUAUCAUGGAUCUUCUUCUGCCCUGUUCAUCAGGUGACCCUAGAGACAAACAUCAAAAGAAAAUCCGAAGCAAAACUCAGACUUUUCUUAAUCUUUAUGCUGCUGAUGGACUGAGGACUUUGUGCAUUGCAAAGAAAGUGCUGAGCAAGGAGGACUAUUCUUCCUGGUUAAAAAGUCACAUUGAAGCAGAAUCUUCUAUUGACAAUCGAGAAGAGCUGUUGUUCCAGUCAGCUGUUCGUGUAGAGACUGAUCUGCAUCUUCUAGGUGCAACUGGCAUUGAGGACCGUUUACAGGACGGAGUCCCAGAAACCAUUGCAAACUUGCGCAAAGCUGGGCUGCAGAUAUGGGUUCUAACUGGAGAUAAACAAGAAACAGCCAUUAAUAUUGCAUAUGCUUGCAAACUAUUGGAUCAUGAUGAAGAAAUCAUCACCUUGAAUGCUGACUCACCGGAAAUGUGUGCCACGUUACUGGAACAGCACUUGCACUGCAUAGAGUCUAAAUUUUCAAAUGAAGCAGCUGAAAAAUAUACUCAGAACUCAGAAGUGAAGUUCACCCCCCUCUGUGUGCCAUCGUCUUUGGUGCAUCCCAGAUUGGGCUUGGUGGUUGACGGAAGGACCCUGGCUUAUGCCCUAGACAAAGGCCUAGAAGAAAAAUUCCUUUUGUUAGCCAGGAGAUGCCGUUCUGUACUCUGUUGCCGUUCUACCCCAAUUCAAAAGGGGAUGGUUGUGAAACUGGUCAGAGACAAACUCAGAACAAUGACCCUGGCAAUAGGUGAUGGAGCUAAUGACGUCAGUAUGAUCCAAGUCGCUGAUAUUGGUGUGGGGAUCUCAGGGCCAGAGGGCAUGCAGGCUGUGAUGGCAAGUGACUUUGCAAUCCCAAAGUUCCGGCAUUUGGAGAAACUCUUGCUUGUGCAUGGCCAUUGGUGUUACUCACGGCUCGCCAACAUGGUGCUGUAUUUCUUCUACAAAAACGCAAUGUUUGUGGCUCUUCUCUUCUGGUACCAGUUUUACUGUGGAUUUUCUGGGUCUUCCAUGAUUGACCAGUGGUACCUGAUCUUCUUUAACUUGUUAUUCUCAUCCCUUCCCCAACUGAUUGUUGGAGUGCUUGAUAAAGAUGUACCUGCAGAUAUUUUAAUUGCUGUGCCUCAACUCUACACAAGUGGCCAGAAAAUGGAGGAAUACCAGCCACAUAUGUUUUGGAUGAACAUGAUUGAUGCUCUCUACCAAAGCCUGGUUUGCUUUUUCAUCCCUUACUUUACAUAUUAUAAUUCAGAUGUGGAUAUAUUCUCAUGGGGAACCCCAAUCACCACCAUAGCUCUCUUCGCCAUAAUAUUGCAUUUAGCUAUUGAAACCAAAACCUGGACUUGGAUACAUUUCUCAUCUUGUGUCUUCAGCAUUGUUUUGUUCUUCAUUGUGGCUCUCCUCUACAAUGCAUCUUGUCCAAUAUGUUAUCCUCCAUCCAAUCCCUACUGGAUCAUGGAAACGCUGGUGGGAGAUCCCAUGUUUUAUCUGACUUGCCUUAUAACACCUGCUGUUGCUUUGCUUCCCAGAUUUUUGUACAGAACACUUCAAGGGACAUUAUUCCCCACCCAGCUUCAGCUUGGACGCCAGUUGUCAAGGAUGCCGCCAGAUGCUCGCAACCAGCUUAUAAACAAAUGGAACAACAAGAAGGACACUGAUCCCCAUAAAUACCCCUGUGUUCAUUAUUCUCCAGAAAGCCCAUAUUUCAUUGCUAGUGACUCUUUAAAGGCUUGUAAUCAAAACAGUCCCUCCGAAUUAUCUCAACAAGGAAAUGAACUACCUAAGACACCAAAACCAAAGACAGAGUCCACAACAGGGUUAAACAUUCCUGCUCCUCCUCUUGGUGCUCAGUUAUGUGAGGAGAAUGGGCAUUUUUCAUUGGCUCAUAGUCAAGAAGAAGCAUCUUUGGGUUUUCCCAAAGGACCUUCAGAGCUGGAGCCGACACUGGUAGAUGAAACAUUCCAGUGGAACUCGACAGCAGACCAAACAGACUUCAGCUUAUUGAACUGGAUCGCAUUGACUCCAUUGUUUAAUGGCAUUGGAAGAGAGCUGCCCUGGUUAUCGAGCAGUUUACAGAAUGUAAGGCAGGACAAUGCAGCUCCAUGUAGCUACAGUUCUCAGGACCUCAAAGGCUCAACAGAGCAAAGCUCAACCUGUUUUCAGGAGCAAAUGAAAAAGGCUGCAGAUGGCUGCUUUAAAACUGAAUCUCUUGAGUCAACUUGUUUAUGACAUAGGCAUUGUAGCGUAUAUUUCUAUUUGCACAAGAGUAUAUUGCUCUGUUUCCAAAGAUGAAACAGAAUAUCAAGGUACAUAGUUUUAUUUUUAAAUGAAUUUUAAGCGCAAUAUGUUGAAAAUAAGAGCUUUAUAUACAAUGAAAAGAUACAUAUAUGUAUUUAUUUUUCAUCUCAUUUUAUACAAAUGCAAUGUUUAUUUUUAUUUGCUUCUGUUCCGGGCUCAUUUACCAGGUCACAGCGGCUAGAUUUCUCCCCAAAGAUAGAUGUGAUUACCAGUGUUUCAGCCAACAUAGGAAGGGAAAAUCCUAUACUGACUUAAUAAAACUUAAGCAGUCCUCAGCACGUUGCUUCGGGGAGGGGAGGAAGGAAUGUCUACAUGAAAGCAAAUUGCUCAGAAAUCCAUAGGAAAAAAAGCUUCACUCUGUACAGUGAUGUUUUAUUGUCACAGAAAUAAUACUGACAAUUUACAGGCGUGACGCCCCCAUUUUUUAUAUUUCAACCAUAGCAAUUUAUGUAUCGUGUGAAAAUAA